AUGCGCCACUAUGAGCCUGCAGGUCAGAACUGCGGAGGCUUAGUCCAGGGCCCCAAUGGCACCAUCGAGAGCCCCGGGUUCCCACACGGGUACCCCAACUACGCCAACUGCACGUGGAUCGUGCUGACAGGGGAGCGCAACCGCAUCCAGCUGUCCUUCCUGGCCUUCGCGCUGGAGGAGGACUUCGACAUCCUGGCGGUGUACGACGGGCAGCUGCAGCAGGGCAACCUGAAAGUCAGGCUAUCGGGGUUCCAGCUGCCCUCCGCCAUCGUGAGUUCCGGCUCCAUCCUCACGCUGUGGUUCACCACCGACUUCGCCGUGAGCGCCCAGGGGUUCCGAGCCCUGUAUGAAGUGCUGCCCAGCCACACGUGCGGGAACCCCGGGGACAUCCUGAAAGGAGUGCUGCACGGGUCCAGGUUCAACAUCGGCGACAAGAUCCGCUACAGCUGCCUGGCCGGCUACGUUCUGGAGGGCCAUGCGACGCUCACCUGCAUCGUCAGCCCCGGGAGUGGCGCCACCUGGGACUUCCCGGCCCCCUUCUGCAGAGCCGAGGGAGCCUGCGGGGGGACCCUGCGGGGCACCACCAGCAGCAUCUCCAGCCCCCACUUCCCAUCCGAGUACGAGAACAAUGCCGACUGCACGUGGACCGUCCUGGCCGAGCCCGGGGACACCAUCGCGCUGGUCUUCACCGACUUCCAGCUGGAGGAGGGCUACGACUUCCUGGAGAUCAGCGGGACGGAGGCGCCGUCCGUGUGGCUCACGGGCAUGAACCUGCCCUCGCCCGUCAUCAGCAGCAGGAACUGGCUGCGCCUGCACUUCACCUCCGACGGCAACCACAGGCGCAAAGGCUUCAACGCCCAGUUCCAAGUGAAAAAGGCCGUCGAGCUCAAGUCCAGAGGCGUGAAGAUGCUGCCCAGCAAGGAGAGCAGCCCCAAGAACUCCGUCCUGAGUCAGGGAGGUGAAGCCCUCGUCUCCGACAUGUGCCCAGACCCGGGGGUUCCGGAAUUCGGGCGACGGGCAGGAGCUGACUUCAGGGUCGGCGCGAACGUGCAGUUCUCCUGUGAGGACAACUACGUGCUGCAGGGCUCCAAGAGCAUCACCUGCCAGCGGGUCACCGAGACGCUGGCCGCCUGGAGCGACCACCGGCCCAUCUGCCGAGCUCGGACGUGCGGGUCCAACCUGCGGGGGCCCAGCGGCACCAUCACCUCCCCCAACUACCCGGUGCAGUACGAGGACAACGCCCACUGCGUGUGGGUCAUCACCGCCUCGGACCCCGACAAGAUCAUCAAGCUGGCCUUUGAGGAGUUCGAGCUGGAGCGCGGCUACGACACGCUGACCGUGGGUGACGCCGGCAAAGUGGGCGACACCAGGACCGUCUUGUACGUGCUCACCGGCUCCAGCGUCCCCGACCUGAUCGUGAGCCUCAGCAACCAGAUGUGGCUGCACCUGCAGUCGGAUGACAGCAUCGCCUCGCCCGGGUUCAAGGCCGUCUACCAAGAAAUCGAGAAGGGGGGCUGCGGGGACCCCGGCGUCCCUGCCUACGGGCGGCGCACAGGCGGCAGCUUCCUGCAUGGGGACACCCUGACCUUCGAGUGCCAGGCGGCCUUCGAGCUGGUGGGCGAGCGCGCCAUCACCUGCCAGCGGAACAACCAGUGGUCGGGCAACAAGCCCAGCUGCGUGUUCUCCUGCUUCUUCAACUUCACGGCGGCCUCGGGGGUCAUCCUGUCCCCCAACUACCCCGAGGAGUACGGCAACAACAUGAACUGCGUGUGGCUGGUCAUCGCCGAGCCCGGCAGCCGGGUCCACCUCCUCUUCAAUGACUUCGACGUGGAGCCGCAGUUCGACUUCCUGGCGGUCAAGGACGACGGCGGCUCAGACGUGACCGUCCUUGGGACGUUCUCCGGCAACGAGGUGCCCUCCCAGCUGGCCAGCAGCGGGCACGUGGUGCGCCUGGAGUUCCAGUCGGAUCACUCCAACACCGGCAGGGGCUUCAACAUCACCUACACCACGUUUGGUCAGAACGAGUGCCAUGACCCCGGCAUCCCCGUCAACGGGCAGCGCUCCGGGGACCGCUUCCUGCUGGGGAGCUCGGUGACCUUCCAGUGCGACGACGGCUUCGUCAGGACGCAGGGCUCCGAGGCCAUCACCUGCGCCCUGCAGGACGGCAACGUGGUGUGGAGCGCCGCCGUGCCACGCUGCGAAGCCCCGUGCGGCGGCCACCUGACGGCGUCCAGCGGGGUCAUCCUGCCCCCCGGGUGGCCCGGGUACUACAAAGACUCUCUCAGUUGUGAAUGGGUCGUCGAGGCAAAACCAGGGCACGCUGUCAAAAUCACCUUCGACAGGUUCCAGACCGAGGUGAACUACGACACCCUGGAGGUGCGGGACGGGCCGGGCAGCUCGUCCCCACUGAUUGGGGAGUACCAGGGCACGCAGGCCCCCCAGUUCCUCAUCAGCACCGGCAACUCCAUGCGCCUGCUCUUCACCACGGACAGCAGCCGGGCCAGCGUGGGCUUCCUGAUCCGCUAUGAGAGUGUGACGCUCCAGUCGGAUGCCUGCCUGGACCCCGGCAUCCCCGUGAACGGCCGUCGGCACGGCAGCAACUUCGGCAUCGGGUCGACCGUGACCUUCGGCUGCGACCCCGGGUACACGCUCAGCGACGACGAGCCGCUCGUCUGUGAGAGGAACCACCAGUGGAACCAUGCGCUGCCCAGCUGCGACGGUAGGGGCCCCGCAAGUGCACCCCGAGGAACCGUCCUGUCUCCGGGCUUUCCAGACUUUUACCCAAACUCCCUCAACUGCACCUGGACCAUCGAAGUGUCCCACGGAAAAGGGGUCCAGAUGAUGUUCCACACCUUCCACCUGGAGAGCUCGCACGACUACCUGCUGGUCACGGAGGACGGGAGCUUCUCGGAGCCCGUGGCCCGGCUCACGGGGUCGGUGCUGCCCCACACCAUCAAGGCGGGCUUGUUCGGCAACUUCACCGCCCAGCUGCGCUUCAUCUCGGACUUCUCCAUCUCCUACGAGGGCUUCAACAUCACCUCUGAGUGUGGGGCGAGGGUCACGGGCAACGAGGGGACGCUGCUGUCGCCGAACUUCCCGUCCAACUACGACAACCACCACGAGUGCAUCUACAGCAUCGAGACGGAGGCCGGCAAGGGCAUCCGCCUGUGGGCGCGCACCUUCCAGCUGCAGGAGGGGGACACGCUCCGGGUGUUCGAUGGGCAAGACGGCGCCUCCCGGCCCCUGGGGACCUUCACGCGGCGCGAGCUGCUGGGCCUGACCCUGAACAGCACCUCCAACCACCUGCGGCUGCGAUGCUUCGAAGUCUCUCUGACACCAAAGGCCACGGUACAGGAAAUUAAGCCCUUUGGUUCUGAGCAUGAAUAUUCCUGGGACCGCAGAGUGUGGGACCAGCCCCUGCCCUCCUGCGUGGCGGAGUGCGGUGGGCAGAUCCACGCGGCCACCUCGGGGCGCCUGCUGUCCCCCGGCUACCCGGCACCCUACGACAACAACCUGCACUGCACCUGGGUCAUCGAGGCCGACCCCGGGAGGACCAUCAGCCUCCACUUCAUCCUGUUCGACACGGAGAAGAGCCACGACGUCCUGCGGGUGUGGGACGGGCCCGCGGACGGCGCCCUCCCGCUGAAGGAGUGGGGCGGCUCUGCGCUGCCCGGUGACAUCCACAGCACCUUCAACGCGCUCACCCUGCAGUUCGACAGCGACUUCUUCAUCAGCAAGUCUGGCUUCUCCCUGCAGUUCUCAACCUCGGUAGCGUCCACCUGCAAUGACCCAGGGAUGCCUCAGAACGGCACCCGCUACGGGGACAGCAGGGAGCCGGGUGACACCGUCACCUUCCAGUGCGACCCCGGCUACCAGCUGCAGGGACCCGCCAGGACCACCUGCGUGCAGCUCAACAACCGCUUCUUCUGGCAGCCGGACCCGCCCACCUGCACAGGUACCGUUCUGGUCCGUGACUCCGUCAUCGUCCUCAGCAAAGACACCAGGCAGCACCUCACCCGUCUGGAGUGUCAGCUGCAGGGACACGCCCCCGCCACUGCAGCAGCUGCAGGCCCGACAACAUUUGUCAUCGCCUUGAUCUUCAAAAGCUUCAACAUGGAGCCCAGCUACGACUUCCUGCACGUGUACGAGGGCGAGGACUCCAACAGCCCGCUCAUCGGCAGCUUCCAGGGCUCGCAGGCGCCCGAGCGCAUCGAGAGCAGCGGCAACAGCCUCUUCCUGGCCUUCCGCAGCGACGCCUCCGUGGGCCUGUCCGGCUUCGCCAUCGAGUUCAAAGAGAAGCCCCGGGAAGCCUGCUUUGACCCCGGGAACAUAAUGAACGGGACCAGAGUCGGGACGGACUUCAAGCUGGGCUCCUCCGUGACCUACCAGUGUGACUCCGGCUACAGAAUCGUGGACCCUGCGUCCAUCACGUGUGUGAUCGGAGCGGACGGGAAGCCGGCCUGGAACCAGGCCCUGCCCACCUGCAGCGCUCCCUGUGGCGGCCAGUACACGGGGUCCGAAGGCGUGGUGCUGUCCCCCAACUUCCCCCAGAACUACACGGCUGGCCAGACGUGCCUGUACUCCAUAACGGUGCCGAAGGAAUUCGUCGUGUUCGGGCAGUUCGCCUACUUCCAGACAGCACUGAGCGACGUGGCCGAGUUGUUCGACGGGACCCACCCGCAGGCCCGGCUCCUCAGCUCGCUCUCCGGGUCCCACUCAGGCGAGACGCUGCCCUUGGCGACGUCCAAUCAGAUUCUGCUCCGAUUCAGCGCGAAGAGCGGGGCGUCGGCCCGCGGCUUCCACUUCGUGUACCAAGCGGUCCCUCGCACCAGCGACACCCAGUGCAGCUCGGUGCCCGAGCCCAGGUACGGCCGCAGGAUCGGCUCCGAGUUCUCCGCGGGUUCCAUCGUGCGGUUCGAGUGCAGCCCCGGGUACCUGCUGCAGGGGUCGGCCGCCCUGCGCUGCCAGGCAGUGCCCAACGCCCUCGCCCAGUGGAAUGACACCAUCCCAAGCUGCGUGGUGCCCUGCAGCGGCAGCUUCACGCAGCGGAGGGGCACGAUCCUGUCGCCCGGGUACCCAGAGCCCUACGGGAACAACCUCAACUGCGUCUGGCGGAUCCUGGUGGCCGAGGGCUCAGGCAUUCAGAUCCAGGUCAUCAGCUUCGCCACCGAGCAGAACUGGGACUCCCUGGAGAUCUACGACGGCGGGGACGCCACGGCGCCCAGGCUGGGCAGCUUCUCAGGGACCACGGUGCCCGCCCUGCUCAACAGCUCGUCCAACCAGCUCUACCUGCACUUCCAGUCGGACAUCAGCGUGGCCGCCGCCGGCUUCCACCUGGAGUACAAAACCGUGGGGCUCGCCGCGUGCCAGGAGCCGGCCCUGCCCAGCAACGGGCUCAAGACGGGCGACCGGUACAUGGUGAACGACGUGCUGGCCUUCCAGUGUGAGCCGGGGUACACGCUGCAGGGCCGCUCGCACAUCUCCUGCAUGCCCGGCCCGGUGCGCCGCUGGAACUACCCGCCGCCCCUCUGCCUCGCGACGUGCGGGGGGACGCUGAGCAGCCUGGCCGGCGUGAUCCUGAGCCCCGGCUUCCCGGGCGCCUACCCCAGCAACCUGCACUGCAGCUGGCGGAUCGCCCUGCCCGUGGGCCACGGUGCGCACAUCCGGUUCCUGAACUUCUCCACGGAGGCCAACCACGACUUCCUCGAGAUCCAGAACGGACCGCACCCCACCAGCCCGCUGCUCGGCCAGUUCAGCGGCCCCGACCUGCCGGCCGCGCUGCUCAGCACCACGCAUGAGACCCUCGUCCGCUUCUCCAGCGACCACUCCCAGAGCCGGCAGGGCUUCCGGCUGGCCUACCGAGCCUAUGAGCUGCAGAACUGCCCGGACCCGCCCCCCUUCCCCAACGGGUACCUGGUCGGCUCCGACUACAGCGUGGGCCAGUCCAUCUCCUUCCAGUGUUACCCCGGGUACAUUCUCAUCGGCCACCCCGUCCUCACCUGUCAGCACGGGACCGACCGAAGCUGGAGCCACCCCUUCCCCAGGUGUGACGCUCCCUGUGGCUACAACAUCUCAGCUCCCAACGGCACCAUCUACUCACCCGGCUUCCCCGACGAGUACCCGGUGCUGCAGGACUGCCUGUGGCUGCUCACCGCGCCGCCCGGCCACGGCAUCUACAUCAACUUCACGCUGCUGCAGACCGAGGCCGUCAACGACUACAUCGCCGUGUGGGACGGCCCGGACCAGAGCGCGGCCCAGCUCGGCGUCUUCAGCGGGAACACGCUGCAGCUUUUCUUUCUCGUCCACCCCGUAGCAUUUCAGCUCAAGAAGUGCCCGCCGCCCCCGGCCAUCCCACAGGCGGAGCUGCUGCGUGAGGACGAGGACUUUGAGAUAGGGGACUCCGUGCGGUACCUCUGCCACCCCGGCUACACGCUGUCGGGCCCGGACACGCUCACCUGCAAGCUCGGCGCCCAGCUGCAGUUCCAGGGUUCGCUCCCCACGUGCGAAGCCCAGUGCCCGGCCAAUGAGGUCCGCACGGAGUCCUCGGGGGUCAUCCUGAGCCCGGGUUACCCUGGCAACUACUUCCACUCGCAGACCUGCUCCUGGACCAUCCGCGUGGAGCCCCGCUACAACAUCACCCUCUUCGUGGACAGCUUCCAGAGCGAGAAGCAGUUCGAUGCCCUGGAGGUGUUCGACGGCUCCUCCGGGCAGAGCCCGCUGCUGGUGGUGCUGAGCGGCAACCACACGGAGCAGGCGCGUUUCACCAGCAGGGGCAGCCAGCUGUUCCUGCGCUGGUCCACCGACCACGCCACCAGCAAGAAGGGCUUCAAGAUCCGCUACUCAGCCCCUUACUGCAGCCUGACCCACACGCCGAGGAACGGCGACGUCUUGAACAGGACGGUGGGGGCGCUGGGCAGCACCGUGCACUAUUCCUGCCAGCCCGGGCACCGCCUGGUGGGCCGCGGCAACGCCACGUGCACUCGGAACCCCGUGGGCAUGUUCCAGUGGGACGCCCUCCCACCGCUGUGCCAGGCCGUGUCCUGGGUCCCCUCGGACUUCGGGUCUUUGAUGUCCGGCAGCUCCGCGUGCAGCCGCCUGAUGCCGGAGCUGGUGCCCGUGGCAUGGCCGCUCCGUGUGACUGACGACGCUCACCAUAGCCGAGCAGUGCUCUGGAGGCGCGGUGGCACUCACUUUAUUCUCGCUUUCCUUGUAGUGAUCUCAUGUGGAAGCCUGUCCUUCCCCCCCAACGGCAACAAGAUCGGGACACUGACCGUGUACGGGGCCACGGCCAUAUUCACGUGCAACACGGGCUACACGCUGGUGGGGUCCCACGUGAGAGAGUGCCUGGCGAGCGGGCUGUGGAGCGGCGCUGAGACGCGGUGCCUGGCUGGCCACUGCGGCUCCCCGGACCCCAUCGUGAACGGCCACAUCAGCGGAGAUGGCUUCAGCUACAGGGACACCGUGGUAUACCAGUGCCACGCCGGCUUCCGGCUGGUGGGCACCUCCGUGCGGAUAUGCCUGCAGGAUCACAAGUGGUCGGGGCAGACCCCGGUGUGUGUGGCCAUCACCUGUGGGCACCCUGGGAACCCCGCCCACGGGCUCACCAACGGCAGCCAGUUCAACCUGAACGAUGUGGUGAACUUCACCUGCAACACGGGCUACGUGCUGCAGGGGGCGCUGCAGGCCCAGUGUCGGAGCAACGGCCAGUGGAGCAGCCCCCUGCCCACCUGUCGAGUGGUCAACUGCUCGGACCCCGGCUCGGUGGACAACGCCGUCCGCCAGAGCAUCCCUGAGAGCCUCGUCUAUGGGCGGACUGUCGUCUACCACUGCAAGAAGGGCUUUUACCUGCUGGGCUCGUCCGCCUUGACCUGCACGGCCAGUGGUUUGUGGGACCGCUCCCUCCCCAAGUGCUUGGCCAUAUCCUGUGGGCACCCGGGCGUGCCCGCCAACGCCAUCCUCACGGGGGACGUGUUCACGUUCGGGGCCACGGUCCACUACUCCUGCCAAGGGGCCCGCAGCCUGGUGGGCGACCACAGCCGCGUGUGCCAGGAGGACGGCCACUGGAGCGGGGCCCUGCCCCACUGCACAGGAAACCACCCUGGAUUCUGUGGAGACCCAGGCACCCCCGCCCACGGGUCCCGGCUGGGCGACGAGUUCAAGGCCAAGAGCCUGCUGCGCUUCUCCUGUGAGGUGGGCUACCUGCUGCGCGGCUCCCCCGAGCGCACCUGCCUGCUCAACGGCUCGUGGUCCGGGCAGCAGCCGGCGUGUGAAGCUGUGUCCUGUGGGAACCCUGGCACCCCCACCAAUGGCAUGAUCGUCAGCAGCGACGGCAUCCUGUUCUCCAGCUCCGUGGUCUACGCCUGCUGGGAGGGCUACCGGACCUCAGGGCUGACCACCCGGCACUGCACCGCCAAUGGGACCUGGACCGGCACCGCUCCCGACUGCACAAUCAUCAGCUGUGGAGAUCCGGGCACACCAGCCAACGGCAUCCAGUUCGGCACCGACUUCACCUUCAACAAGACCGUGAGCUACCAGUGCAGCCCCGGCCACGUCCUGGAGCCGGCCGCGGGGGCCACGCUCCGCUGCUUGGGGGACGGCGCCUGGAGCCACAGCAGACCUGUCUGCAGAGCCGUCCUGUGCAGCCCGCCGCCCCCCGUCCCGCACGGAGACGUGGAGGGCACCGACUUCCGCUGGGGCGCCAGCGUCAGCUACAGCUGCUCGGCCGGCUACCAGCUGUCGCACCCCGCCAUCCUGUCCUGCGAGGGCCCGGGUGUGUGGAAGGGGGAGACGCCCCAGUGCCUGCCUGUGUUCUGUGGAGACCCGGGCACCCCCGCGGAGGGCCGGCUCAGCGGCAAGAGCUUCACCUACAAGUCUGAGGUCUCCUUCCAGUGCCGGCCGCCCUUCGUCCUGGUGGGCUCUCCCCGGAGGACCUGCCAGGCCGACGGUGCAUGGAGCGGCGUGCAGCCCACCUGCAUCGACCCUGCUCACAACACCUGCCCAGACCCGGGGACCCCACACUUCGGAAUUCAAAACAGCUCCAGGGGCUACGAGGUGGGCAGCAGCGUGUUCUUCAGGUGCAGGAAGGGCUACCACGUGCAGGGCUCCACCACGCGCACCUGCCUCGCCGACCUGACGUGGAGCGGCAUCCAGACCGAGUGCAUCCCUCACGCCUGCCGACAGCCUGAGACGCCGGCCCACGCGGACGUGCGAGCCAUCGAACUCCCCGCCUUCGGCUACACGCUCGUCUACACCUGCCACCCGGGCUUCUUCCUGGCCGGCGGCUCUGAGCACAGGACGUGCAAGGCCGAUCUCAAGUGGACCGGGAAGUCGCCCGUCUGUAAGAGUAAAGGAGUGAGAGGAGUUAAUGACACAGUUACUAAAACGCCAGUUCCUUCCGACGUGUUCUUCGUGGGCUCCGUGUGGAAGGGGCACUACGAGUACCUGGGGCAGCGGCAGCCGGCCACGCUGACGGUGGACAGCUUCAACGCCACCCGCAGCCGGGUGAACGCCACCCUCGCCGCAGCCUCGCAGGCGGAGCUGAAGCUGACAGGCGUCUACAAGAAGGAGGAGGCCCACUUACUGCUGAGGGCCUUUCAGACCAAAGGGCCCGCCGACGUGUUUGUCAGCAAGUUUGACAGCGACCCCUGGGGCCUGGACGGCUACGUCUCCUCGGGGCUCGAGAGAGGAGGCUUCACCUUCCAAGGGGACGUCCGUGGGGAAGACUUCGGGAAAUUCAAGCUCGAGAGGCAAGACACCCUGAGCUCCGACCAGGACGCUGCGCACCGCCACCUGGGCACCAGCAGCGGCUCCGUCGCAGCCGCCAUCCUGGUCCCGUUCUUCGCUCUCAUCCUGUCAGGGUUUGCGUUUUACCUCUACAAACACAGAACGAGACCAAAAGCGCAGUACAACGGCUACGCCGGCCACGAGAACAGCAACGGACAGGCUUCCUUCGAGAACCCCAUGUACGACACAAACUUAAAGCCCACGGAGGCCAAGGCCGUGCGCUUUGACACAACCCUGAACACGGUGUGCACCGUGGUAUAGCCUCCACGUGGGACUGGACCAUAGCCAUACCUCGGAC